AAAAUCGCACAGAAAGGCUUUGGUACAAAAACAUCGCCUGCGUAUAGGGUCAAGCCAGCCAGGGGAACAAACUUGUUAAGUCGGUAUUACGUACGGACGGGGGCGUGUGAGGCUUUGAAGGGGUUAACCAGAGCGUGGAGUUGUGGAAAUCAGUGAUUGUUGCACAGAACCAUCAUGGCGGAUCUAGAGCCGAGCGGGGAGAAAAGAGAGAGGAUACUGCAGGCUCUAGACCAGGCCAAAAACCAGGAACUGCGGACUUCCAGUCACGACGGUUCACAAGAUGAACUCGAGAAGAUCACGGCGAAAAAGAAACAGAAGAGGAAAGAUGACAAGGUCUGGGGUUCGGAAAGAAAGGAUCGUAAACCCUUCCUGCAAGUUGUCUCUGAUUGCAUUCACGUGAAUGAGACUGUGCUGGAUAGUAAGUUGAUUUACUUCUUGUUGAGUGCUGGUAGCGCAGGGGCCAUACCGUUCCUGUCCAUGUACGGGCUGAGGUGGGGUCUACCACCCUGGCACUUCGGCUUAGCGGUCGGCGCCGGCCUACUGGCCGCGUUCUUCUUCGUCCCGCUAUGGGGCUUCGCGGCGGAUAAACUCCGCUUGCACCGCUGCAUGUUUUGGGUCGUGGUGUUGCUGUGGAUGGGGUUUACCAUCGCCGCUGUUUACGGCCCCCGCAGCCCAGAGCUGGCACCUUGUGAGGUUGCCCAGCGUAAGCUCUUGGAGGCCUUGGAGGUAUCUUGCAAUUCUGUUGAGCUAGAAUCCCCUGAACCCGGUAGCAAGAGAGAAUCCUCAUUCGAGUACUUGGGACACUAUCCGAUCAUCUUGCAGACCUGGCCUCAACCUUGCACUGUAGAUGUGUAUGAGGUUUGCACCUCAUACAACGAGAGUGAGGUCAUCACACCUCCAACCCCGCCUACCAAUUCAUCCAGCCAAAAUGCAGAAGCAAAUUCUACAAAGAUCACAGAGGAUGAGGUACCGCAAGCGAAAACCUCAAACACCACAGACGAAGCACCACGCAGCGAGCUGCGAGAGACGAACCUCAGGUGGCUGUACGAGCAGGCGUCGGUGCACCAAACCUCACUUGUUGUGUUCAUCUUGGCGGCCGUGGGAGGUGCGGCUCAGAUCUCGGCCUUCUCUCUGGUGGACGUGGGAGCGCUGAUGUCCCUCGGCGAAGCUCAGAGGGAUCGCUACGGCUGGCAGAGAUGCUUUGGAACCAUUGGAUUUGCUCUGUCGUCUUUGACUGUUGCUAUCCUGCUGUAUGAAUCUCGAGAUACCAAGUUCCGCUGCGGUUUUACCUGGGAGGAGACCGAUUACUUCAUCGGCUUGGUCGUGUUUGCUGGCUUCAUGACCAUCGGCGUCUUGGUGGCCAGUUGCUUGGGAUUUAAGCACAAUGAUAUGUCAUCCCAGCACACUGUAAGGAACAUGACUGGGGCCGUGUUCUCCAGGAAAUACUCCACCGUAUUCGUCACUGCGUUUGUCCUCUCAUUCUGCAACGGCGCAAUGAGCACCUUCCUGUUCUGGCAUUUGCGCCGACUAGGUGCCACGCCCAUACUUCUGGGGGCAGCCAUCUCGAUGUUCGCAAUCGCCGACAUCCUCACGUCGUUCUGCACCGUAUGGAUCAUCAAGAAGACAGGGUACCAUUUCCCGCUGGUAGUCGGCAUCGUUGGCUACUGUCUAAUGCAUUUGAGCUAUGCCAUGAUUUCCAGGCCAGGCUGGGUGGUGGUUAUUGAAAUUAUUCACGGUGCCUCUUACGCCAUCACCCUGAACACGAUGACGUCAUUCUUAGCUUCGUCAGUGGCGCUGGUCAGUCAGGCCUCCGUCCAGGGUCUGCUGAGCGGCGUGUACUGGGGUCUGGGCCCCGCCGCAGGCACGGCCAUGUAUGGCUUUCUGGUGGACGUCGUUGGUGCCACAUUGUCGUUUUAUAUUCUGACGCUGGUCUGCGUGGUGUACGGGCUGGUCUUCCUCAUUUGGAAUCGGAAUGAAUUGCCGAUGAUCGACAAGUACCUUCCUGGUGAGUAUCAACCUCUGAACCAGACUGAAUGACAUCCAUGACUACAAGUCUUCCGACUGCAGCUCCACCUUUCACUACGAGCGUCUGGGUACCAAAUGCAUUAUAGUCUAGCCACAGACCCCUUAGAUCGUCUUAACCGGUAUCAUUGUUCAGCAAACGAUUAAUCGGCGGUUGAAUUAAAACUUAACAUUUUACCUCCUAAUUCCAAUGUUACAAUUAUCAAUUGCAAUUUUAAUUUUCAAGCAAAUUAAUAUCCAAGUGCAGUUAGGCAACUUAACCACAAAAAAAAACCAAAAAUUGGAUGCAUACGACGCCGCAAAGUUUAGGAUUUAUUUAGAGGUCAUGUAUUCCUGAAAAUUCCUCUUAUUCACACCCGCUUUAAAUCUUUAACUCCCAUGGCAACUGAGAAAAAAAAAGUUUACUAUUUUACGCAUGCUGAUGCACACUUUGAGGGGAAAAUGUCGAUUAUCAUGCAUGCUAACCAAAUUUAAAAAAAAUAUUUUGCCUGUCCCGCCUCCGGCCUUAAAAUUGACCUAAUAUAGUGUUCAGGUAAUAACUUUUCUUCACUUUUGCAGUUUUGGACCUUUUGCAAUCCGUGGUUGGCAAAAAUACAGUUUGUCAACCAAGCGUAGAAAGGUCUAUACAACUCGAAAUGGAAACGAGCUAUCCAGAUGUUUGACAUGGAGAUCAGUUAUCAUAGUCUGUGCGCCCUCAGUGGCCUUUGCAGUGUUUUUAUGUCAUUUGAUAUUCGAAACGCCUUAAAGACAAAGGGAGCCCUCUAUUGUUCAAUAUUUGGACAGGUGAAUAUUUUUGAUUUGGAAGUUGUAUUUCUUUUGAAUUAAAACGCAGCUACCAGGUAUUUGUAAGUAAAAAGAAGUUUUGUUAAUAUUUUGUCAGCUAUAAUAAUGAACAGUUUAAAAACGUUUCUAUUAGAUUAUAGUAAUGAACAGUAUAAAAAAUAAUCUCUGAAAUUAUGAAAUGGAGCUGCGUUGUUUAGUUACAAUAAUUAUGCUAAUUAUUCCUUACUUUAAUGACUUAGGAAUUUUAACUCCCUUUCUUAAACUGACUAAUCUUGAAAGUAUUGUGUGGAAACUCUUGCACACGUAUAAGCAAUGUCCUCCAUCUUUGUUUUUCGAUUACCUAGACUUUUUCGGCAUAAUUUUAUGCAGGUCAUGAUUUUACUCUAAAUAAUUACGUAGUUUGUUAAAAACUUUGUCAUUGUGAAGCAGACACAAGUAACAACCAAAAAAACACAAUGAUAUUUAUUAACGGCUAGUUUGGUUACAGAGGGAUACUAACUAUCAGAUACUGGUUUGAGGUCUUGGUUUUUUUAAUGCUGCACCAAAGUAAAUGUUCAAGUAAUUAACUUCUAACAGAAGACGUGAAUGACCAUCAAUGAGAAUCUUGACUAUUCGCAUUGUAUUUGCACAUUGAUGAUAUGGCACAUUAACAAAAAGUAUAUUUUUUAUGGCCAUAAAGAUUUCACACUCGUUUCAAAAUGAAACAAUAAAUAUAAGUGUUAACAUUGUUAAAUUUAUGUCCACAAAGGUAGAUAAUGUUAACCCAAAGUAUGCGGAAAAUAACGUAGCCUUUUAAAUUUCAUAGUUUUGUGACACGAAAAUAAUUUAUUAACCUGAUCUGAUGAUGAACAUAUAUCCUUAUGCUCCUUUUCGUCUGGUAAAUUUCAUGGAAAGCUGUAAAUUUCAUUGUCUAUGUAUUAUUCUGAAGAACCUGUACAGUUUAUUAAAACUUAACGACACAAAAACUCAUUAAAACAGUGACUGUAAAUUAA